AUGGUGUUGCGCCGCGACGACGCGGCGACGACGACGGACGCGCGCACGGCGCUCGCGCGCGAUCUCGCGCGCGAUGGGUGGUACGGCGACGACGCGGACGACGUCGAGCGCGGCGAGCGGCGGCGGACGCGCGGACGGGGUGGGUUUUGGACGCGCGCGCGGUGCGCGGCGUUGGCGUUGGGUGUUACGGCGUGCGCGUGCGCGAGCGGCGCGGGCGUCGCGUCCACGGCGCGCGGACGCGCGGGCGCGAGCGCGCUCGGGGUGCAACCCGACGCGAGAGGGACGCCGCCGCCGGAGAGCGCGUUCAUGCGAACGGCGAGGAAGGCGUUCGGGGCGGCGUUGAUGCGAGCGAGUUAUCACCAGACGCGCGCGAGCGGCGACGUGGACACCGCGGAGGAGGCGGAUGCGCUCGCGGAUCGAGAGGCGAUGGCGGUCGUCGUGGAUGAGGAUUUCGAGGACGAUUCCAGGGAGGGUGAUUUUCUGCGCGACGCGGGGAGACGCGCGGGGCCGGUUUCGGAGCUCGAACGGAGGCGAGAGGCGCGAAGGCGAGCGCAUCGAGCGGCGGCGCGGCGCGCGGUGGCGCGCGCGAGCGCCGCGACGUCCGAACCACCGCCGGCGCCACCAGCGCCGACACCGCCGGCGCCGGCGCGCGCGACGACGCACGGCGCGGCGCAUCAGCACCACGACGGCGGCGAGGGCGGUUUCUUGUCCGCGGCGCACGUGCGAGAGGCGAAGCGACAACACGCUCGUCACGACCGUCGAGUCGAACGGCGAGUGGAAUCGCGCGAAGACGAAAAGGAAGAGAAAACAAAGAGGAAGGAUGCGGCGGAGGGUGAUGCCGUCGAGGAUCAACCUGGUGCGACGAUGGACGCGUACGACGACGACGAAGACUUCGUAGAGGCGGCGCCGUCAAAGCCGGCGGAUGAGAGCGCGAAACAAAAGUACUUUAAAUCCAUCAACGGCGGUUACUUUGCCGCGCCACAGACGACGCGAGGCGACGAUAUCGGACGAAUGAUGAGACACGACAGAGCGAAGCACCAAAGUUUAGCGUCCUUGCACAACCGACCCGGAGCGAUUCCGGGCUUGAUCGACCAUUUGCAAGCCAACGGCGCUCAAGUCGGCCAAAUGCGUCUGAUGACGUACACGAAUUCCGCGUAUUGGCCCAUGGCGAAGCUUUUCAUCGAGUCUGCCCAGCGCAUACCGGGAUUGGCCGAUGCGUUGACGGUGAUGGUGAGCGACCGCGCGACGCUCAAGCAGUGCGUGGCCACGGGGGUGAUGUGCUUCUUAGAUACGGAUAUGAUCGACGUCCUCGGCGAACACAUGAACAAAGACGGGAGCAUCCAAGCCGGACAAGAAGAUAUGAGUGGAGAUUUAGGCAAAGCCUUGCGCGUAGUGUGGACGUGGCGAAAAGUGCACGUGGUGUACACUCUCGUGAACGCCGGCUACGGGUGCUUGUUCCUCGACGCGUCGACGCUGCUGCUGCGCGAUCCGCGCUUGCUGAUCAAGCAAAAGCUCGACGCUGGCGCACUCUUGGUGACGCUUUCGGACUUUGGCGGCGCACUGGAGCAAAAGGCCAUCAACACGGGCUUAAUCGGGGCGCGGCCGAAUGAGUACGUCGGGAAAUUGCUGGAGGAUUGGAUGGCGCUCGAACCCGAGGCGACGGAUACCGAGCAAGCUUCGCUCACAUGGAACAUUGCGCCCAAUGCUCGCGCAGACGGUGUUAUCAUCACCGCCCUCUCGCAGGAAGUCGCACCGUCGUACCUGACGUUCGACGUCUCGCAGCACUUGGAUCUAGACGAAGACGGAAGCGGCGAGCAUCGCGGGUACAUCGUACACGCCGCGUAUUGCGGCUCAAUCUCCGGAAACCGAAAAUCCUAA